CAAAAUAUCCAAUCCAAAUUCUCUAUGAAACAAGAUCUUUAUUUGUGAUAUAGAAGAUAACGUUUUUUCUUUUUCAUUCUUCUUCUGCAACAGUAACGGUGACGGUAACGGUAACGGAGACGGCAGAGAUGACCGGUAACGAUGUGUUGGUCAAUGAUUUUGUGGAGCAGGAGGAGAGUUCAAUUAGGGACUUGCGUAAAGAUGAAUCAUCAAAGUGGACCAACGAGAAACACAGUUUAUAUCUGAAGUCGAUAGAAGCAUUAUUCGUCGACCAGCUGUAUAACUCUUUGGAUAUGCAAACAUACUCCUCUGAUGAAAUCUCCACCGGGAAAAACCAACCCGACACUUGUAUUGCUUCAGGCCAGUUUAAGGUUCUUCAGCGCGGCUGUUGGUCGAAGAAAUGCUUCAAGAGAGAACAAUCACAUCUGAAAGAUGCAGAUAGGCCCCAAGUUUCUCCAAGCAAUCAUUGGAUCCAGCAUUUCACAAAUGGGUCCCUCAAAAGACAAACUUCAACUUCAAUGCAAGAUUUUGUAACCGACUCUCGGUUGCAUCAAGAGACUGGUUGUAGCAAUACAGAGGGGACAGAUCAAAAUUUUGUUGAAGACGCAAUGUCCAGCCGAAAAAGGGUGAGAACUUCAAAAAUCGCUCACUCAACCAAAGAUCAGGUUGUUCCCCGUUGCACUUUGGAUGCAACAACUAAAAUCGCGGAUAGUUAUGUUUGUUCAAAAAAGAAGACAAAAUGAGGUGUUCCAGGAUCCAGAUGACCAUUUAUAUGUUCUUAACCUGGCUGGGGUUAUGAAGUGUUAACCCAUGUUACUCUCUUAAAAGAUUUUGUAGUGAAGAAAUUGGAUGUGAUUUCCAGUGUGUGAUGAUGGUGCUGAAAACACAUAGUAAAGAAUUAAAGGUGUAGAUUAUAUGAUAAUGAGAAGGUGAAUAAAAACUUUAUGCUCGGACUAGGAAAAUCAAGAUAUAGAUAGGUUGAUUAUCGAUUGGUUCGCUCUUUUUUUUGUUGUGGUCAGUUGGUAGCACUGGUGUCCACUCUUGUUGGUAGUUCAUUCGUUCAUUAGUUUGUUGUUAAAUUGAUAUCUAUGUUACUCCAGCUUUGUUAGUUCAUUAAAGGAUUCAAAAAA